AUGGGCCCGGAUAUCAUCAUUCUCGACGAUGAUGAUGAGAAACCAAAAACGCCAAAGAAACGAAAGGUUGUGAAGAAGUCGGUGGGCGAAGUAGGUGGGCGCCAAUCCCUUCGGUUGGCGGCCAAGAAACGGAAAUGGUCAAUGGGACGAAGCGCCAAACUGUUGACCCGGCUGAAGGCGUGGAAGGAAGAGCUCAAUGAGAUCCCCAGGAAGAAGCCCUGCCCGCAACAAUACGAUAAUUUUGCAAUUCCAACAACAAGUGCCUCCAAAAUUCGGGAAUUCCCGGGUAAAAUCACACCGAUGAAAGUGAUUGUGAUGCGAGAGGAUGAGUGUAUUCUCAUCAAUGGCGCAUUUGAGAUUAUGGCAAUUGCUGGGGAAGCGUCGAUAAAUCGUCACGUUCUGAAGCCAGCGCCGUAUUCUGAGCAGAAUCUAGUCCCCGUUGUUUCACCGGAUAAAUGCCCGGCAUGUCUGAGUGGGCGAGAAUGUAUUCUCCCGGAAAAGGCUGGUCGCGUUGAGAGUCGAGUCAAAGAGUUAUGCCCAAACGACUACUUGGAAAUCGUGGAGCUGUGGCAAGAAGCGCCGACCAGUACUUGUAUAUUGGUGUUGAUGUCGCGUGUUGCCCCAGUUGUCACCAUUCUCUCCCAGCUAUAUGAUCAUUUCAUAAUUCCAAAAUCGUCGACAGAAACAAUGGUGCUGGCUAUGAUGAAUGACUAUCAGCCAUAUGACGGCGAAUCUAUUGCCCAGAUUCAGGGUCUCUGCGAGCAUAUCCAAUCGCAGGUCGAAAUGGGCGACCGUCAAUCCGUGGUGAUAACCGGUGCGGCAAACGCGGGCAAAUCGACGUUUCUCCGCAUAUUUGUCAACGAUUUUCUUUCCCGGAGCCAAAAUGGUGAUGUGUGGGUGCUGGAUUGUGAUAUCGGCCAAUCUGAGAUGAGCCCCUCUGGAUGUGUCACAUUGACCCGAAUAGACGCACCCAUUUUGUCGCCUCCGUUUGCCCAUCAACCGGCCCACUUCUCGAAUGCGUUCCUCUAUGGCAACAAACAAAUCGAGAAUCCUGCCCCUUAUUAUACAGCCAUUGAAAGGCUGAUUCAAGAGUGGAAAGAGUUCUCCACCCCCACCAGUCUCCUUGUCGUCAAUACAAUGGGUUUCAUCAUGGGUGAGGGUGCUGCUGCCCUCAAUCAUAUUUUCAACAGCCUCCACCGCCCCACCGCCGUCACUUUUGUCACGGCAUUUGGCACUUAUACGCCCCCAGCCGGCGUCAUUUCAAGGGAAUUCCACAUCAAUACACCCAACAAUUCUGGCGUUGAAUUGAAAAGUAAGAUCGGCCUCUCAGCACAGAAUCGUCAGCAGACAAUGCUCGGAUAUUUCUGCAAUCUGCUACAAUCGAGCUGUCGUCGUCAUUUGUCGAGCAUUGCCUCCCAUCCGCCAUUCGCCAUUGAUUUUAGCGCGAUUUGUCUGUGUUUCCCAGAGGAGAGAAUGUGUAUUGAUGACAAGCUCGUCCUCGCCGCCAUCAAUUGUACUUCCGUCGCCUUGGGGUAUUACGAUGAUGAGCAGAAAGCCGAGCCGACGCGUCGUCUUUUCGGGCUGAAAUCGUUCCCCCGUAUUCGAGGAAUGUCCCAUUUGAACAGCCAUCCCCCUCGGAUCGUUGGAUUCGGGCUGAUUCGAGCGGUUGAUGUCGAGAAAAAAAAGCUGUACCUAUUGACCCCGGUGCCGAGGGAAAAGAUGGAAAAGGUCGACUGCCUCAUUCGACCGAUGGAUAUCGAUUCGUUGUCUCUCCUCAUCACUUCACAGCUGGGUGAGAUCCCGUAUGCGGAUACGGUGAAACAGCAGCGUGGCGUUGACUUGCAAAAUGACAUCUACAGUGGAAUGCCCGCUCCAACGAAAUUGGAUCCCCGGAUCAAGACAUUGAUUGAGAAUGGAGUGGCCAAACAUCAUCGCUCGAUGUUUGUGAUUGUUGGGGAUAAAGCGCGAGAACAGAUCCCAAUCCUUCACCACAUGCUGACAAAGGCCGUGAUCGGAGAGCGACCCUCGUUGCUGUGGUGUUACAAGAAGGAUCUCGGCUUCUCUUCGAACAAACAGAAAAGAAUGAGACAAAUGAAGAAGAAGAGUCAAGUCGGAAAUGUCAUGCUUUCCGAUAGUCCGCUGGAUUCGUUCCUCUCGUCGACCAAGAUUCGCUAUUGCUAUUAUUCCGAGACGAAGAAUAUCCUCGGAAAUACCUAUGGAAUGGUCGUGCUUCAGGACUUCGAGGCUCUAACGCCGAACCUUUUGGCCCGAACUGUCGAAACAGUGGAAGGAGGUGGUUUGGUGCUUCUGCUGCUCCAUUCUGUGAAUUCCCUUCGACAGCUAUACGCCAUUUCAAUGGACGUUCACCACCGCUACAGAACAUCGGCCAGCGGGGAUGUGACGGCCCGGUUCAACGAGCGCUUCAUUCUCUCUCUUUCCAGCAAUCCCGCUUGCUUGGUAGUUGACGAUUCGCUCCAAGUUCUGCCAAUCUCCAGCCACAUCUCCAAGAUUCAGGCCGUUCCCGCUUCGCUAAAGAACGAGACGACGCCGAAUGACGCGCAAUUGAAAGAGCUGAAGGAUCAGAUGAAGGACUCUCGCCCUAUCGGCUUCCUUCUCAGCAAAUGCAGGACGUUGGAUCAGGGCAAAAUAUUGCUCAAAUUAAUCGACGUGCUAACCGAUAAGGCCCUCAAUGUGACCUGCUCAAUUACGGCGGCUCGUGGAAGGGGAAAAUCGGCGGCUCUAGGCCUAGCCCUGGCUUCGGCGGCGGCUUUCGGGUACACGAGCAUCUUUGUCACAUCGCCUUCGCCCGAAAAUCUGAAGACCCUCUUCCAGUUUAUUGUCAAGGGAUUUGAGGCGAUGGAUUGGAAGGAACACAUCGAUUUUGAGACGACCCAGUCAAAAGAUCCGCAAUUCAACAAGGCGCUUGUCAGUAUUGUUAUUACAAGGGAACAUCGACAGGUUAUACAGUACAUCGACCCGUCAGAAGCCGAUAAACUGGGACAGGCCGAAUUGCUGGUAGUUGAUGAAGCGGCAGCCAUCCCUCUUCCACAAGUCAAGAAGCUCAUUUCCGGCCCAUACAUGGUAAUGAUGGCGUCGACAAUCUCUGGAUAUGAAGGAACGGGCAGAUCGCUGUCGAUGAAGCUUCUCACACAAUUGAGGGCUCAAGCCGAGGGACUGGCAACGCUACAGAAGGAGAAGAACAUUGGCGCUAAAGGCCGUAUCCUGCACGAGUUGCAGCUGGAAGAGAGCAUCCGCUAUCGUCCAGGGGAUGAUGUGGAAGCGUGGCUAUCCCGUGUUUUAUGCCUCGAUGCCCCGGCUGCCGCCCAAAAGCUCAAUUGUGGCAUUCCGCCGCCGGCCAAUUGUCAAUUAUACUACGUGAAUCGGGACACGCUCUUCUCAUUCCACAAGGCUUCUGAGGCGUUUCUGGGACAGAUCAUGUCAAUCUACGUCUCGGCCCACUACAAGAAUUCGCCGAAUGAUCUGCAGAUGUUAUCGGAUGCUCCUGCCCAUCAUCUCUUCGUGUUGAUGGCCCCGAUUGAGAAAGACGAUACCGGAGUACCGCAGGCGCUGGCCGUUGUUCAAGUGUGUUUCGAGGGGAAUAUCUCGCGGGCUACCGUCUCGAAAUCCCUCAGCACUCAUCAGAUCCCCGCCGGCGAUUUGAUCCCCUGGACCGUAUCCCAGCAAUUCCAGGACAAGCAAUUUCCGUCUCUGUGUGGUGGCCGUAUCAUCCGCAUCGCUGUCCACCCGGAUUAUCAAGGAAUGGGCUACGGAACGAAAGCGCUAGAACAACUGGAGGAAUAUUAUCUCGGAAAGAUCCCAUGCACGGUGGAUAAAUCAGUCAAGGCCAAGAAGGAGGAGAUUGGAACCGUCAAGUCAAGCGCCCUGGGUCUCCUGGAAGAGCAGAUUAGCCCUCGCACCGAAUUGCCCCCACUUCUGCUUCGACUUGAAGAGAGAAAGGCCGAGAAACUCGAUUAUUUGGGCGUCUCAUUCGGGUUGACACUGCCCCUGUUGAAAUUCUGGAAACGGGCCCGCUUCGCGCCCGUCUAUUUGCGCCAAUCGGCCAAUGAUAUCACCGGGGAACACACUUGUAUCGUGUUGAAGCAAUUGGUCCAUGAUGAUGAGGACGAACGUUGGCUGUACCCGUAUUGGGCGGAGUUCCGUGCCCGUCUCAUCGAGCUGCUCUCUUUUGAAUUCCGCAAAUUCACCGCUCAGAUGUCAUUCUCGCUCCUUCAACUCCCCUCCAAUACCCUGCCACCGCAACCCAGAAAAGAGCUUACCCGUGCAGAAUUGGGUCUCCUGCUCUCUGAUGCUUCUCUGGGUCGUCUGGCAGCGUAUUCUCGUUCUCUGGUUGAUCACUCCCUCAUCACUGAUCUCCUGCCCACACUCGCCAAGAUCUAUUUCCUCGAGAAGCUGUCAGAAGAGGCCAAGUUGUCGGCGGUUCAAGCGGCCCUGUUGGUUGGAAUGGGAAUGCAGAGGAAGGACGGGCAUACGCUGGCUCAGGAGAUCGAUCUGCCGCUCAAUCAGAUAAUGGCCGUGCACAACAAAUCUAUCCACAAGCUCUCCCAGGCCCUGGACACUAUUUGUGAGGGAGCCAUUCAAAAGGCGCUCGAUGGAGAUCACGACGAAGCGGACGAGGAUGAGACGAUGGAGAAGAUGAAGCCGUUGGCACAGACGCUGGAGGAAGAUCUGGAACGAGUAUCGGGAGAGAUCAAGAAGAGACAAGAGAAGGAUAGAGAAGAAAUGGCAAACGAGAUCCCCGUCAAGGGACUUGACAAAUACGCAAUCGGAGGGUCGGACGCGGAUUGGCAGAAGCUGCUGGCCACCGGAAAUAUGGGCGGAACGGUGUCGUUGAAGAGCAAAAGAAAGCCAGUGUUCAUGGAUAUUCCCGACGAGAAACCACAGGCCAAGCGGAAGGCGUAUCUACCCCUCAAAAUGGUCAAAAUCGACGAGACUCCGGAAUAUGGACCUCAACAAUGUCCCAGUGGGGAGCAGAUUGUUGUUACAGAAACCCUCCAUCAAACCGUCGAGCUAGAAAAUGGGCCGUCAGCCUCUCCACCCCGUUCUCCAUCACCGGCCGGAUCGGAUUUGUGGAGGAAUACGAACAACGAUCUCCUCGACAAGGCCUCGGAUAUGUUGAACAGCUAUUCUCCACUCCAGGUGUUGAAGCUGUUAUUCCCCGGGAUGCCGACUCCCCCGGCCUCAUACGGCGAUCGGGCAAUUCUGUCCAUUCUUUCCGAGUUGAUCGAUCAGCCGCCAAUCAGAAAGAAGCUGCCCGACUUCAACACGUUCUCCGAUGCCGUUGAACUGUUCCGGCGUUCGAAGAAGAUUCUGAUGUUAACGGGUGCUGGCGUGUCUGUCAGUUGUGGAAUCCCCGAUUUCCGCUCGAAAGACGGCAUCUAUGCUCGAUUACAUGUCGAUUUCCCGGACCUUCCCGACCCGACAGCCAUGUUUGACAUCUCGUAUUUUCGGCGUAAUCCGGCCCCGUUCUUCGAUUUUGCCAAGGAGAUUUUCCCGGGUCAAUUCGAGCCAUCGGUCUCGCAUAAAUUCAUCAAAUGUUUGGAGGAGAACGAGCAGUUGUUGAGGAAUUAUACGCAGAAUAUUGACACGCUGGAGAGGCAGACGGGCAUUACGAGGGUUGUCGAAUGUCAUGGCUCAUUCUCAAAGGCAACCUGCUUGACGUGCGGAAUGAAAUACCCCGGAGAAGCGAUAAAAGAAGAUGUGAUGGCGAAGAGAGUGGCCAGAUGCACGAAAUGCAAGCGGGGCAUCAUCAAGCCGGAUAUCGUGUUCUUUGGCGAGGAUCUGGGCCAUGAUUUCCACCAGCAAAUGGCCCUCGAUAAGGAUCAUGUCGAUUUGGUCGUCGUUAUUGGCUCAUCCCUGAAAGUGCGCCCGGUCUCCCUCAUCCCAUUUGCCGUCAGCCCUGAUGUACCGCAGAUUCUCAUUAAUCGGGAGCCACUGUCGAACUACACGGCGGAUAUCGAGCUGUUGGGCAAUUGUGAUGAUAUCAUUACAAAUAUCUGUCUCGAACUCGGAGGGCCAUUCCAGAAAUUGGUUGAUGAACAUGACGCUCGAAUCAGCGAGAAAAACGGAGAUAACGCCGAGAAGCCGACAAAUCGCAAGAAGCUGAAUGAAAUUGCCGUCGAGAAAUUUUAUCAGAUAAUGCAAGAUAUCGAAGAAAGGGAGAUGCAGCAGGCUUCAUCAUCGUCUACUGAUGGACAAGAAGAUGAAGAUAGCGCCUCGAGCCCGAAAAAGCCGCGGCUCGAUCUGCCGGUGGCACGACGACACAUUCCCAUUGACGCUCAGCUGCCCAAGGAUUCGUACUUUAGGACAUCUACGAACCGUUGUGUAUUCCCGGGCUCAGAGUUGCACUAUGAUUUGGUGCAGAAGAGAUGUGUCGUCAUCAAUCAUCAUGUCAAUUAUACCAAUAGAAACGGCUGGUCGAGUGAUGACGAUGAUAGCGAUGAUAGCAGUGACAGAUCGAUUCGAGGCGGAAGUGAGCCGGCUGUUCAGACGUGUGAAAACGAGGAUCGCGAGGUGCGUUCCCUAUCCUGUGCCCCGGCGCUCGACAUCGACGCGAAGAUGUCGGCCGAGAAGCAGAGAGAAGAGCUCAGCGCUGCAUUCUGCCAAUCUGACGAUUCUUCUGAUGAUGGAGACGCCGAAAUGUUGAAUGAUCAACUUAUUGAUCUCUUC